UCGAUUUCCAGCCACGACAACCAGUGAUUGAAACCGUGUUUUUUUCGUUGCGCGGUGAAAGGUUGCGUUUGUCCGCACUUUUCCCGGCGGUUUAACGGGGGUAAGAGUAAGCAGUUCGCCCGCAACAUAUAUAGAGCAGUUAACACAAAACUGGGCUCUGUUGCGUUGCGUUCCGCCGUAACCAAAGCGGAACAUACCUCAAUCCAUCUUGUGAUUAUUGCCUCUGCUUUCUGGCCAGGAAAAGACUGUUGGAUUGGUUUCGAGCAGACGGACUUCUUCUCAACGGGUUAGUUUAUGCUGGUGUGAUCUAAAAAAGUUUCCAUCUACUAUUUAUUUACAUAUACAUAUAUGCGCGAAGGUCAGAUUUUAUAUGUAUGGAAAACGACGAAUUCCAUCUUGCUGGUUGACUGUUAAAGUUAUUUUCCAGACGCAGAGUAAACAAACACGGUUUGCAAGCAGCUUUGCGAAGAAAGACUUGUCUGUCUGUCCGUGAAAGUUUCCACUUACAGACAUUCUUCAAUUGUUGGGUUUGUUUUGAAGCCAAAGGAACGGGGGUUGUUUCUUCUUGAUGCACUGAAUGAAGAAGAACGUCCCAUGUGCGGCUUUCACUCUUUCUGACAGAAACAGCCCUCCAGCCCUAAGGAAGUUUCUCCGUGGUGCAUCUUUUCUUCCGGUGCGAUCAUUCCUUCACCACCCAGUUUUAAGUUUACAAGCCGACUGAUUGGAAGUCUCUUGUCCUGAGGCGUGACUCAUUCUGAGCAAGUCAAAAUGGCUAACAACACUGCAGACCACCCACAGGGGAACUCAGUCGCUGAGGUCAACCACGAUGGGGACUUUGGCUGCACGAUGGUGCAGCUCCGUGAUCUGAUGGAGCUCCGAAGUAGUGAGGCAGUUGGCAAGAUUGCAGAAUGCUACGGCGACGUGCAAGGGAUUUGCCGCAGGCUCAAGACUUCGCCAAUUGAGGGACUCUCUGAAAACACUACUGACUUGGAAAAACGCCAUGCAGCAUUCGGUAAAAAUUUCAUCCCACCCAAGAAGCCCAAGACCUUUCUGCAGCUGGUAUGGGAAGCGCUACAGGAUGUCACCCUCAUUAUUCUGGAGGUGGCAGCCAUUAUUUCCCUGGGCCUGUCCUUCUACCACCCAACAGGGAAAAGCAGCGACUACUGUGGCCAAGUAUCUGGAGGUGUGGAGGAUGAGGGUGAGGCUCAGGCAGGCUGGAUUGAAGGGGCUGCCAUCUUGUUCUCGGUCAUUAUCGUGGUGCUGGUGACCGCCUUCAAUGACUGGAGUAAAGAAAAGCAGUUCCGAGGGCUGCAGAGCCGCAUCGAGCAGGAACAGAAGUUCACAGUCAUCCGUCAGGGUCAGGUCAUCCAGAUCCCAGUUGCUGAAAUCGUCGUUGGAGAUAUCGCACAAAUCAAAUACGGUGACCUUCUCCCAGCUGAUGGUAUCUUGAUCCAGGGUAAUGACCUAAAGAUUGAUGAAAGCUCUCUGACUGGGGAGUCUGACCAUGUCCGCAAAUCUCUGGAGAAGGACCCCAUGCUCCUUUCUGGAACUCAUGUGAUGGAGGGAUCUGGCAGAAUGGUGGUCUCUGCUGUGGGCAUGAACUCUCAGACUGGAAUUAUUGUCACCCUCUUGGGUGCCACCGGUGAGGAUGAGGAGAAGAAGGUGAAGAAAGGUAAAAAACAAGGACCCCCUGAAAAUCGCAACAAAGCUAAGACCCAGGAUGGCAUUGCCCUGGAGAUCCAACCACUGAAAAGUGAGGAAGGAGCAGAGUCAGAAGAAAAGGAGAAAAAGAAGGUGAACGUCACCAAGAAGGAGAAGUCGGUCCUGCAGGGCAAGCUGACCAGGCUAGCAGUACAGAUUGGAAAAGCAGGUCUCUUCAUGUCUGCGGUGACAGUCAUCAUCCUGAUCCUGUACUUUGUUAUUAAUACGUUCGGCGUGCAGGGGCGUGAGUGGACAGCUGAGUGCACGCCAAUCUACAUCCAGUACUUUGUAAAGUUUUUUAUUAUUGGUGUGACAGUGCUGGUGGUGGCAGUGCCGGAGGGACUCCCUCUUGCGGUCACCAUCUCCUUGGCCUAUUCUGUAAAGAAAAUGAUGAAGGACAACAACCUCGUGAGGCACCUGGAUGCUUGUGAAACCAUGGGUAAUGCCACCGCCAUCUGUUCUGAUAAAACUGGAACGCUUACAAUGAAUCGCAUGAAAGUGGUGCAGGCUUAUAUUGGUGACAAACACUAUAAGAAUGUUCCAGAACCUGAGGUCAUUAAUCGAGAGACUCUGGAGAUAUUAGUCAACAGCAUCUCCAUAAAUUCAGCAUACACUACCAAGAUCCUGCCGCCAGAGAAGGAGGGAGGUCUGCCAAAGCAUGUGGGCAAUAAGACUGAGUGUUCCCUUCUGGGUUUGGUGCUGGACCUGAAGAGAGACUAUCAGCCUGUUCGGGAUGAGAUUCCUGAGGAGAAACUUUAUAAGGUUUACACGUUCAACUCCUCCCGGAAGAGCAUGAGCACUGUGUUGAAGAAUGCAACUGGUCCUGGGUUCCGAAUGUACAGCAAGGGUGCCUCUGAAAUUGUCCUGCGCAAGUGUUCCCAUAUUCUUGAUGCCUCAGGCAAGCUGCGUGCUUUCAAGGCCAAGGAUCGGAAUGACAUGGUGCACAAAGUGAUCGAGCCAAUGGCAUGUGAAGGGUUAAGGACCAUUUGCGUAGCCAUGCGAGACUUUACAACAGAGCCAGAUUGGGACAACGAAGCUGAGAUUCUGAAUGACCUGACCUGCAUCUGCGUUGUGGGCAUUGAAGACCCUGUCCGCCAUGAGGUUCCUGAGGCAAUCGCAAAAUGCCAGCGAGCAGGCAUUACCGUCCGUAUGGUCACUGGAGACAACAUAAACACAGCCCGUGCCAUCGCCACCAAGUGUGGAAUCCUGCAGCCUGGAGAGGACUUCUUGUGUCUGGAGGGCAAAGACUUCAACCAGCAGAUUCGUAAUGACAAAGGAGAAGUGGAGCAAGAGCGUCUUGACAAGAUUUGGCCCAAUCUGCGUGUUCUGGCCCGUUCCUCCCCAACAGACAAACACACUCUUGUCAAAGGCAUCAUUGACAGCACAGUUGGAGAGACGAGACAGGUGGUGGCUGUGACUGGAGAUGGAACCAACGACGGUCCUGCUCUUAAAAAAGCAGAUGUUGGUUUCGCUAUGGGAAUUGCUGGCACAGAUGUUGCAAAGGAGGCCUCUGACAUCAUCCUUACCGAUGACAACUUCACCAGUAUUGUCAAAGCUGUGAUGUGGGGACGUAACGUCUAUGACAGCAUCUCCAAAUUUCUGCAGUUUCAACUGACUGUCAAUGUAGUGGCUGUAAUUGUUGCCUUCACUGGGGCAUGCAUCACACAGGACUCUCCUCUUAAAGCCGUUCAGAUGUUGUGGGUAAAUCUAAUUAUGGACACUCUGGCUUCUUUGGCUCUGGCAACAGAACCUCCGACAGAAUCACUCCUACUGCGAAAACCUUACGGACGGAACAAACCACUAAUUUCUAGGACUAUGAUGAAGAACAUCUUAGGUCAUGCCGUUUACCAACUUGUCAUCACAUUUACUCUUCUCUUUGCUGGUGAGAAGUUGUUCAACAUUGAUAGCGGCCGUAACACCCCACUCCACUCCCCGCCAUCUGAGCACUACACCAUCAUCUUCAACGUCUUCGUUAUGAUGCAGCUCUUCAAUGAGAUCAAUGCCCGCAAGAUCCACGGCGAGAGAAACGUGUUUGAGGGAAUCUAUCGGAACCCCAUAUUCUGCAGUGUUGUUCUGGGAACCUUUGCUCUGCAGAUUGUUAUUGUGCAGUUUGGAGGGAAGCCAUUCUCCUGCAUAGCCCUCACCAUUGAUCAGUGGCUCUGGUGUGUGUUCAUAGGGGUUGGCGAGCUGCUCUGGGGUCAGCUUAUAUCUGCCAUUCCCACACACCACCUCAAGUUCCUGAAGGAGGCCGGUCAUGGCAUCCCCAAGGGUGAGUUUCCAGAGGAGGAGCUAACAGAGGGUUCUGAUGAGAUUGACCAUGCUGAGAUGGAGCUGCGAAGGGGACAGAUUCUGUGGUUCAGAGGACUUAAUCGCAUCCAGACCCAGAUGGAUGUGGUUUAUACAUUCCAGACGGGCCAAACCGCGGUGCCUGGGGCCCUGCGUCGCCAGCCCUCCGUGGUCAGCCAGCACAAUGAUGCAAAAACUGUUUCUAGCCCCACCCAUAUUAAGGUGGUGAAUGCAUUCCGUAGCUCCCUGUACGAGGGCCUAGAGAAGCCAGAAUCCAGAAGCUCCAUCCAUAACUUCAUGUCCCACCCUGAGUUUUUACACCUCUCAGAGGAGGAACCCCGUGUCUUCCCGAUCGAUGUGAACUCUGUAAAGGUUGUGCCCAUCUCCUCCUCUUCCGGCACUGGGGUUGGCUCCGUCUGACCACCCUUCAUUCUCAAGUCCAGAUGUCAUUGCCCUAAAACCUUUCUUUACCUCUGCACCGGACACCACAACUUCUCCGGUGGACUGCCCUGCUGAUGCACAUCUGAGAGACAGCACCUCCAGUGGCCGAUGAGGCAACCACAAUACUUUUCCUCUCUUUCCGGGCAUCCUUCAUCUUCCUUGCCUCCCCUGCCGCUUUGCCCCUCUCGACUUGCACUGUGUUGGAGGCAGCGGUGCUCUGUAAGUACAUGUGGCUGUGCUGCAGCCCAUGUGAUGUGUGGCCUAACUCACACACUAGAGGGUGAUGCUGUGGCAAAUAUUUUCUCAUUUUUAUAAUGUCAUGUCUCUGGUCUUGUGUAAUGCUGUAGUUGUUUUUGUUUUUUGUUCCAGGUCUCUCAUUUACAUAUUUUGGGUUAUUGCUGAUACAGCCACAUGUGUUCAUGAUGAAGUGCAUGUUCUGUUGAGAUAUUCAUUUAGAUUUUUUAUUAUUAUUAUUUGUAAUGGUUUAAAAAAACAUGGCAGUGAAGAUACCCAUGUUAAAUGGUUUUAUGUUCUAUUGGACAGAUUUAAGUAGUUCAGACACACUACAUUCUUGUCAUUGUUUCAGACAUUGUCACAUAAGAUGCUGUUAGGUUAAUUCGGGGUGUUCUGUCACUUUAUAUGUACAGAUAUGGCUGCUAUAGUUAAAGUUAGCAGUAUAAAAGAUGCUAUAACCUAUUUGAUUGCCAUGAGUUCUGAAUACCUGAUUGGCUCUUCAGGGGGCAGGGAGGGUCAUCCUACAUCAUCUCGUCAAAUCAAAUCCAACGGGCAUCUCUAGUCUCUUGUUAGUUCAUUUAAUGCUUAUCUGCCUUAAAACAAAGUUCCAGUGAAUGCCCGGCUUAUUGACCAAGUACUUUAUCAAAGGUACAGGACAUCACCAUUGCGUGCAUGUAUCUGUCUUUAUCUGUGUCUGGUUUUAUGGGAAUGGGAAUUGUAAUACUUAUCUUUAUGGGCUAACAACUAAUGAAUAUAAUUUUUCUUUUCUUUUUACAUCUUUCAGAGAAAAAAAGAAAUAGAAGUUAUUCUAAUGUAUUUGUGUACUUUAAAACAAAACCUAUCGAGUCUUUUUCACUUGUUUAUCAGCUGUGCAGUUGGGUGUUCUGUUUGUUAUCUAACAUCAGGCUGGGCUCCACACGGGCUCCAACAGGUUGGUCAGUUACGCAGAUGGCACCAGUAGCUCCAAAAUCCCAUCCCUAAAAAUAGCCUAGAUGUGCAAGGCACGGAGUUUGCAUGCAUUUCCUAUUAAAAAAGAAAGACAAAGAAAAAACAAUAACACACCUUUGAUGCAGUAUGGAGCCUCUGUUGGAACCUUUGAGCACUCUGUUCGGCCCAGAGUGUGGCCUCAAUGGCAUGUGCUUUUGAUUAGCAGAACCAUACUACUGCCAUAGCCCAACGUUCCGCUCAUACCAAUCUAGUUUAAAUAGAUUCCUCAAGUAACACCUUUUCUACUUGCACAGAGCCAUAUUUUAUAGAUUAUUCUUUUAUAUCCCAUUGUUUUUGCAAUUUAUUUUGUAUCUCCAACCAAAUUCUAGAACACAGAGUCACUGCCCAAAGAAAAAACCUAGAUGUACCACUUUAAUGUUUACGUAAGGGUUCCACAGCAGUUGGCUAUUGCUGCGCUUCCCCCUACUUGCAGUUUUUAUUAUUUUGCUUAAGUGGAACAUGGUGUGUUAUUGUGAGGAAGCAUGCAUGAAUUUCAUAUAAAUAUCAAUGUUUUGUUCCUUUUUUACAAUUGUUCUGUAUUUUUAUAUUAAGUACUUUUUAAUAUUUUGGAAAAAUAUAAAUAUAGGUGUAUAGGCCAGAAAGUUUGGUAACAUGACAAAUUAGCAAAAUAAGCGGUUAGAGUGCAUAUUGCAGUUAUAUAUAAAUAUAUAUAAAUAAAUAUUUAUGCCAUGUUUGUAACCACAUGGGGUGUCAGAUUUGAUGUCCUAGCUGAGAACGUUAUGUGUUUACUGCAACUCAAGGGGCUGGUCAAGUUCUUAAGAAGAGUCAGCAUUUAUUGGCCUGUCAGCCAUAGAUAGAUGUCGUUAAGUGCUGGCCAUGGUAAAGUCUUUACAGUCUAUUGUUUGUCACCUAACUGAAUUCUCAUGAGGUUACACAGACUAAUACAUGAGACUACAAUGGGAAAUAUUAAUUCAAGCUGAAGAUCGAAGAUACAAAUAUACUGUCUUCAAACUCAACUAUAUUAAUACAACAUGGUAAUUUAUUUUCUGCGAGAGACGUAUGUAUAAUCCAUUGGAAAAUAGAAGGCUAUAUAAGAGGUGAAACCUGUUUCUCCCCUCAUAAUAGCUACAAAUAACUACAAUGUGUCAUGUUUCAUGAAAAUGCAAAGGAUGUAUCUGAAUUCUUGUGGACACAGUCAGUGGUUUUUAUUUAGAGCUUUUAAAGAUUUUGCCAAAGUUUUGUUUUGUACAAUCAGUUCUAACUUAUGUUAAAGAUUGUUAAACAUCCACAAUGUUUGAUUGUCAUUGAAUUUACCUAAUUGGACUGCAUCUAUAUUCAGGUCCCCUCACUUUUGUUCCUCAUUGUUUGGACAUACAGAAAUGUUCACUGCUGUACAUGAUGUGUACAUAAAAAAACAAAAGGGGGAUUGUUCAAAGCCAUUGUCUUUAUUUGAUUUUAUUCUAUUUUAUGUGUUGUUCCCAUCUUUCAUAGCUCUGUAGAACAAUUUGUGUUACUGCACAUGUUUUUCUCUUGCAUUGUUUAAACAGAGAAUUGCUUCAAGGUGUUGUGCAAUAACUCAGAAUUUUAACGCAUUACUACUCAAAGGAAGUUGUCUGAUAGAUCUUGUUUGGUUGGGAUGAGAGAUAUGAUACACCACAGCUGUAAAUAAAAGUUUGUGUUCUAAAACUGGAAAAUAACAGAUUAAGUUAUAACCACUUAUUUUGCAUAUAUCAUUUGGUGUUGAGUGAAUUCAAAAUUGUAUUUAAUUGCAAGGGGGAGUAAAAAACAUUCAAUGAAACAUAACAUUUCUGUAAUUCAUACGAAACACAGUAAUAUAAACUGGUGUUAUUUUUUGUAUAAACAAUAUCAUCUAUGUGGCAUGCAUUACUUAUAAACAAAUGGGUGAUUCAAAGCAAUAUGUCCAACCUGGUGCGAUUGGUAAUUAGUGUCCUGUGUAGCUUAAACCAUGCUGUACUUGGGGACACUGCUUUGGAAAAAAAAAGCGUAAUUGUUUAAUAUAUGUGUUCAGUGUACUGCAUGAUUACAUAUGGAAUGAGGCGUCCCCAAAAUGUUUACAUGUUUCCAGAAUGAAUGUGACACCCGAACACAUGCGGCACACACACACACACACACACACACUCACACACAUUCUUACUUUAUAGACUCUGCAAGGGAAACACGCACUGAUUUGAUGCUGUUUCAGGUUCAUACUAAAAUAAUGUUCUAUACCAAGGAGAUGAAAAAAUCAUCUAAUUUCUUGUGUAGACUUAAUGAGAGAGCACUGCUCCAUUAAAUUGCCUAAUUACUAGGAGUGGGAAUUGGGAAAUGACUACUAGAGUAUGUUCUUGAAAAUAUUCCAGACUUAUUUUACCAGUUCCGUUACUUUAUAGCCAGAAGCUGUGGCUGUUGAUUGAACUGUCUAAUUGCAGAGUGUAUGAGCUUUGAUGUUCCAUCACCUUAUUGUGUGGGUACCAUCUCCAUCCAGACAGCUCCCUCUCAUCCAUGCAUGAUCCAUCAAGGAUGAAAGGCUAGUGCAGCCCUUUUCUCACAAGUGGAAAAGCAGCUAGCUGAAGGAAUUGCAUUUCCAAGGUAGGCAAAGUCGUACUUGAGUCCCCAUCUCAAUUUCCUCAAAUGCACUGAUUCCCUUUAAUUCUGUUUAUGCUGUUUCGGUCCUCCCUUUCCUCUAAAUGAGGACAUUUAGAGAGAGAGCAUUGUUUCAAAAGUUAAGCAGUUGUUUACAUUAGCCAAUAACAUGUGCUGUCCUCUUUAUAAUCAAAUCCAAAAAUGCAGCCGUCAUUGACUUGGAUUAAUUUGUUGUUUUAAUUUCAUGCAUGUGAGAUGGAUUUGAGCCAAACAACAUUACCAUCUCUUCCUGUUUAUUUUUCCCAUACGUUUGUGUGUUUUCUCUAGUAAAAUUAGGUUGUCUCUGUUAUUUGUAAUGGUUUAACUGAACAAGAUUGAUCUCUUUGAGGGACAAGGGCUUUGGAUAGUCUGUGUUUGGGAUGUGCACAGUUGGGGACAAAACCGUGGUUAUCUGUUUACCGUCACCGCCAUGGCAGAACUAUUUAGAGACAGAAAUGCAGUGUUUUGUGCUUUAUAAACAUGCUGUCUCUGUGAUCACAGAAGUGUCAAUGGACUACAUAGAAAACCUACACCACUGUGUCUGUUUUGACCCUAACCCUAACUUUGGUUCUUACUAAUCGAUUAAACUUUUAACAAGAAACUGCCUUUAAUGAUUGGUUUUUGAAAAAGUUUGGCGUCCUUAAUUGAUGAAAUUGUUCGAGGUUUUGACUUGUGAACCAUAAAGGCUGCAUACCGAUGCUUUCAGUCCCAGUUUCCUCUCCAUUUACAGUCCAGCUGUAUCUUAUAGAGAAAACUUGCUCACCUAUUGUAAUGUUGUUUUAAGGGCUAUAAGGUGACAGUAGGGAAUGCACUGUUACAAAAUCUGUUACGUCUUAUAAUGAGUAAAUUAUAUGUGAUCGAUGUUCUAUUGGAGAGUAGUGUGCCCCUAUUUGGUUUAUGUUUUCCAUCAUUAAAGGUGCACUCAGUAAUUUAAAAUAUAUAAUUAUAGUAAUUUUGAAACGCGUCUAAAAUCAUGAGCACUCACAUGAGGUGAAGACUCCGGUAAAAUCAUAAACCUUAUAAAAGCUUUUUAAAUCUACAUGGAGGGGGUCUCCUCAGGGGGGCAGCCAUGUUAGAUCACAUGACCAGCCAAAUACUACUCGCAUAAUCUCAGUAACUGCCCUGGUAUUGUACACUUUCACUCAUGGAUUACAUUAAUUAUGUCUGAUUGUGAAUAGUGAGUUUCUACAAUGGGAUCUGUAACUGAAAACUACUGUGUUUGAAUAAUGCUGCAGGUUUCAGUGCAAGUUCAAUACGAUUUAUUUAAAAAAAUUACAGAGUGCACCUUUAAAUUAUGAGUUAAUCAGUACUCCAUGGUGAAUUCAUUUGAAGUUGACUGUAUCAAACUUCAUAUUGCAGUGAUUGGAAGAAUCUCAAGCAUAGCUAAAUUACCAUGAGUAAUUUGAUUAAUUGUGCACUGGAGUGAAUAGUCAAACAUGUUUUGGAUUCCGUCAGCAACGUAUGUGUGUUUGAUGAGAAUGUGAUCUUGCUGUGACACUCUCUGCAGUCAGUGUGUGUGUUAAUUGGCAAAAAAAGUACACAUUUUGUUAAGCCCUUCCUGUAUUUAGCUUUUGUAAAGUCAUAAUCAUGCUGAAAUGUCAGUCCUGCUUGCUUCGAACUAUGCAACAGAUUCAUAGGAUUAAAAUAUGAUGAAUUAUUUAUUAUUCUUUCAGCUGUCAUAACAAUGCUCUCUCUCUCUCUGUCUUUCUCUAUGUGCUUGUUUUCUUUUUUCAAAGUGAAAUCAGUCAUACUCAUAUUUAAUUACUUAAUAAUCUAUGUAAUGUAUGUGUGUGAUGUGCACACAUUCAAGUUUUCUUUAAUUUUUUGUAAUAUAUGAUCAUGUGGAAUGCCUUGUUCUUUAUGUCCUGUUGUUUAAAUUUAACAGAACAAAAAUGAAAAAAAUUAUAAUCAAGCAAUUGAAGUCAAAGUUGUUAUAUAAUCUAUAUAGACACACAUAUAUAUAUACAAAUCUCUCUAUCUAUAUAUAUAUAAAUAAA